AAAAACCUCGCCAGAUUUCUCCCCACCUUCCUCCCUUCCUCGGCCGCCGCCGCCCGCCGACGAUGGAUCCGGUGGAGGAGGCACCGGAGGUGGUGAUGGGCGCGUACGGGGGCCCGGCGCGCCGCGUCGAGAGCGGGGCGUCGGAGACGAUGCUGCUCUGGGGCCUGGGCCAGCCGGCGUCGCACCGGCCCAACGCCUUCGCGCGGCAGGGCUUGCCGGCCUUCCCCAUCGACGCGUGCGGCCGCCGCAUCUCCCUCCACCAGCAGCCGUCCUCCUUCCGGGGGGCUUCCGGGGUCACGGGCGCCGUCGUCUGGGACAGCGCCGUCGUGCUCGCCAAGUUCCUCGAGCACGCGGCCGACGGCGGCCUGCUGCCGGUGCGCGGGGCGCGCGCCGUGGACCUCGGCGCCGGGUGCGGGCUCGUGUCCGUCGUCGCGGCGCUGCUCGGAGCUCGCGUGGUGGCCACCGACCUGCCCGACCGCGUCCGGCUGCUCCACAAGAACCUCGAGGAGAACGUCGGGGGUUCGGCGAGGGUGGCGGAGCUGGUGUGGGGCGACGAGUACGAGCUGGACCCGGAGCUGCUGCUCUGGCUGGACCCGGAGGCAGAGCCGCCGGAGCUGGUGCUGGGGUCCGACGUGGUGUACAGCGAGGAGGCCGUCGGCGACCUGCUGGCCACGCUCACCCGGCUCGCCGGGCCACGCACCACCGUGCUGCUCGCCGGAGAGCUCCGCAACGACGUGGUGGUGGAGUGCUUCCUGGAGGCGGCCAUGGCGGAGUUUGAGAUCGGGUGCAUCGAGCAGGAGCAGUGGCACCCCGACUUCCGCACCAACCGCGUCGCCAUCUUCAUCCUCCUCAAGAAGAAGACACCGCCGCCGCUCCCCGUCGAAUCGCCAUAGCUGCUCAACCUGAAUGAAUGCCAAUGAGUUGCUCUGCUGCUGCUUUGUCUGGUGCAGACUCAUUGUUGUAACAUUGUUAUACUGAAACCAGUGCACACUUUGGCCGCACCUCUCGGUGGUACACCAUCAAUCAUUUUAGAUAGAUACUGUCGAAUUUACCCAAAGACAAAAUUUCCCCAAAGACCUUGUGCUUCAAAAGUGAGAGGGUGCGGACCCGUGUAGGUGUAGAUUUAGAGCUGAUGGCUCAAUAUUUUGACACUUUCACAUGAGUAUUUGUUUGGUUU